CCAAACACGAUACAUCACAUUGGCGACGAGCUCUGAACAAUUUUUUUUUUGGCAAAGUAAAACCACGUGAGCACAUUUUACUAGUUAUACGGAAACACAUUGCAAUCAUCAAAAUGCCAGACGAAAGUAAAUUGCAAAGUACAACACAAAUUCUUCAAGCAUCAUCAAUGCCUGAAUUCGACAUCAAAGAAAAUUGGAAUUUAUGGCAUGAACGAUUAGAAUUACAUUUUUUGGAAAUUGGUUGCACCGUAGUAGCAAAGAAAAUUUCAGUAUUACUGAAAGCAAUCGGAUCAGAGGCAUAUGAAAUUUUGCACAGCAUUUGCAGUCCAACAUUACCGAGUGCAAAGACAUACGACGAAUUGUGUAAAUUAAUGAAGCAACAUUUCACACCGUCAGUUAUCAUUUUUCACGAACGAAAAAAUUUUUAUUCGGCGAAAAAGUCAGAUGGAGAGUCGGUAGCACAAUGGUAUGCCAGAGUAAAAAAACUAUCAUUGAAUUGCAGCUUCGGUACAUCGCUCGACAAUAUCAUCAUGGACAAAUUUAUUGUUGAAUUGCCAGUCAAAAUUUUUGAGAAAUUAUGCGAAGAAGAUGAAACAUUAACAUCGGUCGAAGCAUUUAAAAAGGCAAAAUUACGCGAGUCGAAAUUGAUGCAAGGGACUAGCACGUGUACGAGCAAUUUUGAGGUUAGCUUUGUCAAACAACGUGGCAAGGCAAAGACGAAUAUCAGCAACGGUACCAAAGGAACAUACGGCAAACCAAAGAAACCAUGCAUGCACUGCGGAUGGAAAAAUCAUACGAGCAACAGCUGUAAAUACAAAAAUAGCAAAUGCCAUCAAUGUGGAGUUGUAGGACAUUUGAAAAAUAUUUGUCGUAACAAAGUUCAUUUCAUAGAUAACAAUGUUAAAUUUAUUAACGAAAAUUCGGGUCAUUUUGAGAAAUAUUCUAAUAAUUUUUUCGAUUCUAUAUAUAGCAUCACUGCAGUUGACGAGCAAGACGAAUUUGAUUAUUCCGUGUACGCAGUUAAUGAAAAAAAUGAACAGACGAAUCGAAGCAAUCAUUAUGAGCUACCAGUAUUUGUGAAUGGAGUCAGGUUGUCUACUCAAUGCGAUACUGGGGCGCCUUGUUCAUUGAUGUCUGUGAACAUAUUUGACCAAUUUUUCGAUAGGAGUUCUUUGCAGUUGUGUUCGACACCUUUCACUGGUUAUGGAGGUGAUUUGAUUGACAUUUUGGGUGAAUUUAAGGUAUGUGUCAAUUUCGAUGGACAAAACGUAUUGGGCAAGUUUGUAGUUACAAAGACCAAUCGACCAACUUUGUUGGGUCGUGAUUUUCUUCGUUCAUUUGGAUUUGAACUAUUGCAAAGACCACACAUUCAGUCAAAAUCUCAUUCUACGGUAAAUUUUGUCAAUUCAUACAAUGAGAUUAUUAAUCAAAUAAAGAAUGAAUUUGCCGAAGUUUUUAGCAGUAGCUUGGGAAAGUACAAUAUUUCCAAAGUUUCUUUGCCAAUCUCAAGUGAAGCCGUUCCUAUUUUUUGUAAGCCAAGACCUGUUCCAUUGGCAUGGCGAGACACUGUUGAAAAACAGUUAAAUGAAUUGGUACAAAAGGGCAUGUUAAUACCUGUCGAUAAUGCUGAUUGGGGUACACCUUUGGUCAUAAUACCAAAACCUAAUGGUGAAUUACGUAUUUGUGGCGACUACAAGGUAACAAUAAAUCGAUUUUUAAUCGAUUACAAGUAUCCAUUACCGCGAAUUGAUCAAAUUUUUGCAUCAAUGCAAGGUGGUAUAGUAUUUACUAAACUAGACAUGUCGAGUGCAUAUAACCAACUAGUUUUGGAUGAUGAAGCGCAAAAUUUGUGCACAUGGAGCACUCAUAAAGGUACUUUCCGCAUGACUAGAUUGCCAUUUGGCGUAAAACCAGCCGCAGCUAUUUUUCAAAAGACAGUUGAAAAUUUAUUAAGAGAAUUCUCUAAUGUUUUUUGUUACCAAGACGAUAUCGUCGUAACAGGAACGAAUUUUUCAGAUCAUUUGAAAACGCUGAAACAAGUUUUGUUUAAGAUUCUUACGGCAGGGUUUAAGUUAAAUAUAAAAAAAUGUGAAUUUUUCAAAGAGAAAAUUUCUUAUCUGGGGUUUGACAUCACCAAGGAUGGUCUGACUAAAAACAAGGAUCGCAUUAAAUCAGUACUAAAUGCACCAAGACCACAAGACAUUUCUGAAUUAAGAGCAUUUAUUGGUAUGGUUAAUCACCACUCUAAAUUCAUUGAAAACUUUGCUCAGAAAAUGUCAUCUUUGUACAAAUUGUUACAAAAGGAUGUCGAAUUUAAAUGGACAAAAGAAUGCCAUAUAGCUUUCGAGCUAAUGAAAACAGAAAUCUGUUCAGACAAGGUAUUAGUUCAUUUUAAUCCAGAUUUACCGAUAAUAUUAUCGACCGAUGCAUGUAAUACAGCAUUAGCUGGAGUUUUGUCAAAUCGAUACAAUGAGGGCAAAAGACCAAUUGCAUACGUAUCAAGAGCGCUAAAUAGUGCAGAAAGAAACUACAGUACCAUAGAGAAAGAAGCACUAGCUAUUGUAUUUAGUGUGAUCAAAUUGAAACAGUAUUUAUUGGGAAUGCAUUUCAUUCUUCAAACUGAUCACAGGCCAUUAAUCACAAUAUUCGGUGAAAAUAAAGGAAUUCCAAUAAUGGCAGCAGCUAGAAUGCAAAGAUGGGCGUUCAUAUUGUCCGGAUUCAAUUACACUAUUGAAUACAUUAAAGGUUCUUUAAAUGAUGCUGAUAGUUUAUCACGCAUUGGACAAUACGAAACAGCUGAUACAAGAUAUGAAAGCAAUUACAUAAACUAUGUUGGUUUUACCAAUGUUCUACAGUUGAAUUUUUCAACAGUCGCGAAAUUUUCACGACAAGAUCCGAUUUUAUCGAAAGUUAUGGAUUGCAUCAACAAUGGCACAGUAGAACAAUUAAAAGGAGACGAGUUUAAAUCAUUUCGUUUGAAAUCAAAUGAAUUGACAGUUGAGUCGGGAUGCAUAUUAUGGGGCUAUAGAACAGUCAUUCCCAAGAAAUUGCAACAAAAUGUACUGAAUGAGUUGCAUUUGUCUCACUUUGGUGUAGUCAAAACUAAGGCUUUGGCAAGGUCUUAUGUAUAUUGGCCAAAUCUUGACAAAGAUAUUGAGAAUUUAAUCAAAAGAUGUGAAUCAUGUCAAUUAGCUCGACCAAGUCCAGAAAAGAGCGAAUUAAUUCCUUGGAAACCAACUGAUUCAGCUUGGAAACGAAUUCAUAUUGAUUAUGCAGGUCCAGUACAUGGUUUUUAUUUACUCAUUGUUGUCGAUUCUUACUCAAAAUGGAUCGAAGUGUUUAAAACAAAACAAAUGACAACGUCAUUUACAAUAAGCAAAUUAAGAGAGACAUUCUCUAGAUACGGUUUAAUUGACACACUGGUCAGCGACAAUGGUACACAAUUUACUUCGUACGAAUUCAAAGAAUUUGUCAAAGAAAAUGGAAUAAAAUUCAUUCUCAUCGCACCAGGCAAUCCUUCUUCUAAUGGACAAGCAGAGAAUACUGUCAAAACUGUAAAAAAAUCUCUUAUUGCUUCGCUAAGACAAAAUAAACCAUCAAAUUUUGAGGUUGUCUUGGGACGAUUUUUGUUUGAUUAUCGAAUCACAAAACAUUGCACAACAAAUGAAACACCUGCGAAACUAAUGCUCAAUAAAGAACUAAAAACUCGAUUUAGUUUAUUGCGACCGCCAUUAACAAAGGAAAUUAUUGAAACAAAACAGCAAGUUGCUAUUAAAAAUUUCAAGGGCAAACGUAGUGUAGAUUUUAACGAAGGUCAAAAAGUAUUGGUAAGAAAUUACAAAAACCCUAACAAGGCUGGUUGGUCAAAAGCCAUAAUAAAAAAGAAAAUAGGUCCACGAAAUUACACAUGUUUACUCAUCCACGAUAAUCGUGAUAUCAAACGUCACACAAAUCAAAUCAUUGACAAUGAGACGGUUAAGGUUGUUGAACUCAGCAAAGAAGAUUCUUUGACAGAGGUUGAAAAUGAGCAAGCACCAGAUCUAGUAGAGAGAGAUGAUGUGUCUGACAUAAAUGUUGAUAGUUCGGACGAUGCUGACGCAUUCAUGGAUGCCAACGAAUCUAUUCCAGAUGUUGUUGAAAGACCCGCUAAAAGAGAUUCAGCCAAACGAGCAAAAGAGAAAAUCACUAAACAAUAUAAAGGCCAUAGCAAUCGGAAUAAUCGAAGACGUUGAGCACGUACACUUCUCUUCAUUCCAUUUGUUAUUAAAAAUUAUAUUCAUUUAAUUCAUUAAUAUUGUUCAUUGAUUCAAAGUCACUUAUUGCAACGACCCGCUAAAUUAUUUAUAAACUUUAUACUUAAUUAAUUUGGAUAGCAAAAUCAAUUUGAUAAUUUGAAUUAUUUACGAACAAUUUAGAUUUAAGCUAUUUUGCAAAGACCAAUUCAUAAUAUUUACUUUGGUAGCAAACAGAAAAUAUCUAAUAUAAUAACGCUUUAAUUUUGAUAUAAUAAACAUCUUUAGGAGAGAGUUGUUAAGUAUUAGACAAUUAGUAUGCAUUGGUA